AUGCUAAGCAGAAUCCAAGAAGUCGUGGCGAUUGCAAACAGUCCUGUGACUGACGCCGGAACAAAGAAACAGGCGUUAGAUUUCCUAGCUCAGGUCAAAGCCGAACCUAAUGCUUCACAGCUUUUUGUUUCACUUUUGAGUGAUCCUAAUUCUGACGAUAUUACAAGAUUUGUUGCCUUGCAAGUGCUGACAGAUUUAAUAAAGCAAGGCAGUGCGGAGCAACAACAGUUGAACUAUAUUAAAACAGCAUUCCUAGAGUUGCUUCGAGCUAAAAUUAAUGCAGGAACUCGAGAUCCAGAGUAUGUGAGGAAUAAGAUUGCUGAACUGGCCACGGGGCUGUUUUAUAGAAUGUAUGGUGAAAUAAACGGAGAUCAAUGGUCGUCUUUUUUUAGAGAUGUGAUUACAUUAUUGGGCAUGGAACCAUUAAAGGAAGGUCCUCUCCAAGCUCUUCCAAGUUUAGGUGUAGACUACUUUACAAGAAUAUGUGCAUCGAUUAACUCUGAAGUCGCGGACCAAACUUUCAUUAGCUCAAGAGAAAAUCAGUUGAGGAAUAAUAGUUUGAAGGAUACAAUGCGGAUACGUGAUAUUGAGAUGUUGGUCACAAUUUGGCUCAACACUUUAAAAAGUCUGGUGCCGCAACAACAGCGGGACCUGGCAACUUUGACUCUCUCGUGUAUCGGCUCUUAUAUUUCAUGGAUUGAUGUCAAUUUAAUCGUCAAUGAAAUGUACAUUACAGUCAUAUAUGGAUAUCUAGAUUUUGCUCAAACCAAAAGCGCCUGUGCUCAGUGUUUAUGUGAAAUCAUCUCUAAAAAAAUGAAACCAAUGGACAAGUUGACCUUGUUAAGAAUGUUAAAUCUGACAGAUAAGGUAUCUUCGAUUGAACACGAUGACCUAGAGGUCUAUGAGCAAUUAGCUUGCCUUUCCUCAGCGGUUGGACUAGAAUUGGCAAAAGUUUUUGAUCAGGCUCUCGAUUCUCCUCCAACUGAUGAACUCCAGCAGGUUGCGACAGCUGCAGAUGGUCAGAUAUUGACUCAAGUGGUACAACUAGUUUUAAGGUUCAUGGAACAUGAGUACGAUUCAGUUACACAACAGUGUUUCCCGUUCAUUUCACAAUACCUUUCUGUUCUCAAGAAACAGUUUGCAUUAGGUGGUAAGCCGGGCUCUGCAGUUGCAGUCAACUCUAAAAGAAUUCCUUUGGAUAAUGAUCAUAAGGAAUUCUUGAUAUCGCUCCUAUUAGUCUGUUUCAAAAAAAUGAAAAUAGAUGAUUCUAGUGAUGAGAAUUCGGAAGAUGAAAUUGACGAAUUCAACGAAACUAUUAGAACCAAACUGAAAGUUUUUCAAGAUAGUGUUGCGGUGAUUAAUCCAGAUCUUUAUCUCGACAGUAUGUCUGGUCAUAUUCAAACCCUUUUGACAGGAACUGACUGGCGAGAAUUAGAGUUGGCAAUUUUUCAGAUGCAUAAUUUAAGUGAAAGUAUACGCAACAAUUUGUUUGGAAUAAACAAAAAUGAAAUUUUUAGCUCUCCAGCAGCAGUUUUAAUGACUAAAUUCAUGCGUAUUCUUUUGCAGACUUCAUCAGUUUUUCUAAUGGACAAUUCUUACGUGCAAAUUCUAUUCUUUGAAUUAGUAGUUAGACAUUUCAACUUUUUGGGAUCAGACGAGAAGGAUGAGAUUUCUCUUCUAAACAUAUUUUGUAGUCCUUUCGGAAUGUUCAAUCAAAGAGAAAAAGUAAGACUGAGAAGUUGGUAUUUAUUCACAAGACUUAUUAAAAUGACAAAACCAAAAUUAGCCACACCAAUAUUGUCACAGAUAAUCGGAAAAGUUUCGCCUUUGCUCAAUAUUAAAGCUGUUGUUCAAGAACAAGAUGGAACAGAAGAAGACACAAUUUUUGAUAGCCAGCUUUACCUUUUUGAAGGUGUCGGGUUACUGAUUGGUUCGAAUACUGAUUCUAACUUUGACAUUUUAGAUGAAGUUUUAACCCCUCUAUUUACAGCACUGGAAACAUGUGUUUCAUCGCAAUUACAAACUCCAGCAGUUGUGUUGCAGUCACACCAUCUCUUAAUGGCUGUUGGGACGUUAGCAAGAGGUGUUCAUGGCGGACUUGUUCCUGAUAAUCAAGUAAACAAUACUCUUGUUAACAGAAAGCUUAUCCAUAGAUCAUUAAUCGAAAAAUUUUCUAACAUCGCUGAAGUCGUAUUGGUGGUUUUUUCAUUUUUCAGCAAACACGAAAAUGUGAGGGAUGCAUCUAGAUUCACAUUUGCUCGGUUAAUUCCUAUUUUGAAUAACCAGGUAGUUCCAUUCGCCAGUAAACUCAUAGCUUUGUAUCUAGAAUCGGAUUUGAGUACUGCAGAAAUGAAUGACUUUCUCGGUUUCUUGGGCCAAAUGGUUCACAUGUUUCAUCACGAUCAAGGUAGUUAUCAAUUAUUUGAUAGUUUGUUGACUCCAGUAAUCAACAAGAUUCACGUUGCUAUGAGACAAAUAGAUGGCGAGGGGUCAAUAGAGAACUCAGACUGGUCCAAUGGCGGUAUAUCAUCGACUGAUAGCAACGGGAAAAACGUCGUCGUCACCGAUUCGUUUAGAGAUAAAAUCUUGUUAAAAAAAGCAUACUAUGGCGUUUUACAAUCUUUCGUCACCAAUUCGGUCACUUCUUUACUACUAACAGAUACAAACAGAGGAAUACUGUCAACUGUUCUCAUGGACUUGCUCACAUACAUACCAGAAGAAGUACAGGAAACGUCAACUGUAAAGCUUGCAUUGAAUGUGCUGGUAAGUUUCGUGCGUUGUUUUGGAUCUGGUGAAUGUACAGAUGAAAAUGACAAGAAUGGUAAAAAUAUUGGUAAAUUGGAGGGAUUGAACGAAUUUUUCAUUACAAAGAUCGUUCCAUUGGUUUUUGAGAUACCAUUUAAGCCUGAGUAUAAGUUUGAUAUCAAAGAUGGUAGCUGCCGCGUGGUCGCCUGUGAUCUUUCGAGACUACUGAAAGAAAUCUAUCGUCAAAGCGGCGGUGGUGCUGAUAUCAAUUCAAAUCCAUGCUUGAAGUAUAUGGCCGAAGUGUAUUUUCGACAAAUUCAGUUUCCUUCGGCGCUUGGGCUGGAGCUAAUACAAAUGCUUGCAACACUCGAUGGAAAAGCUUUUGAAAAGUAUUACGUGGCCAUGAUCGGUUCUCUCUUGGCAUAA